UCUCCUUAUGGCCAUAAUGGAAUAAACCUUGCUUUUGAUCUACUCCUGAGACUGGACAUUUUGCCUGUUUACCUCCCGUGACCAGACCUUCAACAGGGGCACAGAUUUGGCGUCCCUUACAGCCAGAGGUGGCCCUAGGUAAUUUUCAACGCAACCACUUCCCUUCCUCCUCCUCCUCUUCCCUGCCCCCUUCUCCCCCUCUCCGCCCCAUUUCUACCCACACAUCGCUCCCAAAGGCAUCCAGGCAGGAAUGAGGCUGGCGCUCGGCGGUGGCACACCAGAAGAUCACUCGCCUUUUGCCGGCGAAAAGGAAGAAGCGGGCACCGCCGGGCAGCGCUGAGUCUGGCAACCAGGGGCAUCGCGGAGCCCUCUCUGUGCCAGGGAACCCCCAAAAGCCCCCAAGACCCCAGAAGGGCUGCAAAAAGAAGGCGAAGGACCCGCCGCUAGCCUCGGAGCAGAGAAGAGUUUGUUGAGCCUCUUGCAAUGGACCCCAAGGACAGGAAGAAGAUCCAGUUUUCUGUGCCAGCUCCUCCCAGCCAGCUGGACCCCCGGGCCGUGGAAAUGAUCCGUCGGCGAAGACCAACACCAGCCCUGCUAUUCCAGUUGUCGGAAACUUCACCUGAAGAGGAAGGAUCUCCAUAUCAGAGAGCUUUGGGUGAAGGUUACCACCUUAAAAAUAAAAGAAACUCCCCCUGUGUCUACACUCCUCCUUCUCUUAAAGCUGUGCAGCGCUUAGCACAAAGCCAUUUGGAAUCGAACAGUUCCUGGAUGGAAGAAGAGUAUGCUGAGGAUGUGGAGGAAGAGGAGGAGGAAGAGGAGGAGGAGGAGGAAGAAGAAGCUCAGGACUCAGAUGACACCGUGAGGGAGAUGCCUGGCCUGUUGUCCCAGGGGCAGAAGCAGCUGGGCACGGCUUCCAAGACAGGCUUGCUCAGGCAAUGCACUGUCUUGGAAAAUAAGCCUAAAGAAUCUGAGCAUCCUGUCUAUCCAUCUCUCUCCAAAUCACAGAAACGGAAAGGUGGGCAGAAAGUAUCUUUUGCUGGAUCUGUGGAGGAGGUCCCCAAUGAAUCAGAGAAAGAAGAAACUGUAACCGAGGAAGGAGAAUCCCAGGAGCAGCAGAACCAGGAAGCAGUAGUAGAAGGGGAACAAGGAGACCCACCAAUGGCAGAUCAUGUCAUGGAACUGAGCCACUCCAGUUGGGAAGAGAGACCUCCUCAUGCUGUUACCCUGGAAAACCGUUCCUCCCCACCUCCGAUCCACACUACCACCUAGCACAGGAAGCGAAGGGUUGAGCUGGGAGCUGUCCUCUUGAUGGAGAACUCUCAUUUUUCACCAAGCCACAUCAGAUUGUUUCCUUUAACAACUAUUUUUCUCUUUUAGCCUAUUUUCUGUUCCAAAUUUGUCUUUCUUUUGGCAGUGUUUGGUUUGUGUUCAGUGAAUUAUUUAGUAGAGAGAAAGGGAGGAAUGAGGGAAAGUGAAAGGAAGGUGGGUGAGUGGAGAAGCUUGGAAGGAAACCUUUACACUCAGAGGUAGACUGUCUCUGAUGGCCAAGAGCUGGAGACAGGUGGUUGAGAUGGCUGCAUCUACUAUGCCUGGUUUGUGUGAAUCUCAGGGGGGACGGGGUUUCAAGUUGAUCACUAUUUGAAGAGCUUGAGCUAAAUCAGAGUAGGAUUGCUGGAUUGGAUAUGGAAUGUUUUUAAGGAGAGCCAGUAACUUUGUGCAGUUUGACUGAGUUCAUCCUGCUCCAUGAGCUCUUCAAGGUUAAAGGUACAAUACACCCAUCCUGCAGUCAAUGUGCUAACUUGAGGUGGACAACAUACACCUUCUCCACCCAAUUUUAUAUCUUUAAUUGGCCACUACAUUGCUGAGAUUGAAUUGUCCUUUUUUGUUUUUAAGGGCAUCUUUUCAGUGGCAUUAAAAAGCACGGGGAGCACCCAAAUUAUUCUAAAGCAAAAUCAUGCUAAGAAAAAAAAUACACGUCCUGAUAUGCUUUGUAUUAAAAGAGGGAAGUGGUUCUUUUAUGGGAUUAGUGGGCGGGCAGAGUUUCUAUGUUGCUGCAUUUUGAUUGUAGCACCAAGAUCUACAGAAGAUGGCCACCCCUGGGAUGAAUGUAUCUAUCAUCCAGUAGAGCUAUUCGUUUUCAAUAGUUCCUCUUAUCAAUUGAGAUCUGAGAUUUUGCCACAGUGCUAUUUGAGACCAGUGGAUACACUCUCAUCCACAUAAUUUAGAUCAGUGGUUCUCAACCUGGGGUCCCCAGAUGUUUUUGGCCUUCAACUCCCAGAAAUCCUAACAGCUGGUAAACUGGCUGCGAUUUCUAGGAGUUGUAGGCCAAAAACAUCUGGGGACCCCAGGUUGAGAACCACUGAUUUAGAUGCUAUCAUUCCUCCAAGACAAUUGUAACAACAAAAGAUGUCUUUUGGAUGUUAUGGUGUAUGAAAUAUGACAGAAGUGGUGGGAAAACACAGAAGGGCAUUAACAGCAGAGGUCAUUGUCUCAACCUUUGGUAAAACUCUGAACGAGGCAAGGAAAUUGCACAAUAAAAGCUUCAUAUGGAGCCAUUUCUGGCCUGGAGGCAUUAGAAUUGGGGGAGAUGCAUUUUGAGAAAGCACAGGGUCCCAGUAACUGGUAACUUGAGUCACAGUCAGACGGAUAAGUUGAAAGAGAGCUCUGUGUGCUCCGUUUCUCUCUUGUAUCCCCCAGAUGUUAUAUUCCUUUCCUUGAAAGCUGAAAAUCAGGAUCCAAUCAAUCUGUACAGUCCAGGUUGCUCUUUUUCUCUUUCUAAGCCCUUUGACUUCCUACCCACCCCACCCUUCUUCCUGUGUAUUGGAAAAUGCCUCUUCAUGUGCCUCUCUGCUCUAUUAAAGCUUUGUAAAUAAAAACAA